UGUCAUUCGUGGGCGAACUUGAGGUACGAGUCAGGGAUGGUCGUAUUACCAGGGAUGGUAGCCUACUAUACAGACAGGCAACACCAGAAAUAAAGUCUGUGCUCAAAAUAAGGGUUGUUGAGCAGCAAAGAAAGCAUCACGGCAUAACAGCAUCACUGUUACCCCAGACAACCAGUGCACCACCUUCUGACAGAGCAUGCUGGGAGUCAGCAGUUGCCAUGGAGCUAAAGGAUAAGAAGCAGGAGGAACCGUUGACGCCCCUUGGGCUGUCUACAACUCAGGCUCUCCGGACGUUACACAACCAGCUCUUCAACCUUCUAGAGCAACACCAGAGGUCUGGCAGAAGGAGACCCACUCUACAGGAUUUAUGGAAACAGAGCUUCCUUCACCAAAGCAAUCGCCACUCCUGCUUUCAUUGGCCAGGGGCUGCGCUCACUCUGGUGGUGGUCUUUGGGCUGGUCUGCUGCUAUGGCAGCCAGCCAAAUGGCAGUGGUGGGAUCGAGCUAGUGAAUGCUGGGGCCCUUUUCCUUUUGCUCGUGCUCAACCUGCUCCUCAUCAGCCGGCAACAGCGCCUGAAGGAGAGUGAAAUGGUGCGGAGGCUCAAGGCCAUCAUCACACAGCUCAGUGAUCACCUGGAAGCCUGUGGAGGGCAGCCAUUCCGAUGGGCCCCUGCGCUUUACCCUGACCUUUACACUCCAUCCUCCCCAUCCUGGUCUUUACACUGGACUUAUCGAGAUGAACAGCUGGUCAAUCUACCCGUCAGUUUACUGGUUGAGGGUGAUGUUAUUGCUCUCAGGCCUGGUCAGGAGACAUUUGCUUCUCUCAGAGGAAUUAAGGACGAUGAGCACAUUGUCUUGGAGCCAGGAGAUCUCUUCCCUCCUUUCUCUCCGCCACCAUCACCCCGUGGGAUUGAGAAGAGGGGACCCCACAGCCCUCAGCAGCACCGGCUGUUCAGGGUGGUACGCACACCUGUGCUCAAUCAUAUCAGGAACAGUUUAGACAUGGCUCUGUCUCGACCAAUCACAGCCAUGGACAAUGAGCGUUUCACUGUUCAGACCAUCAUGGCCAAAUAUGCAUCUCCGGCUGUGUUGGUGGUCUUCUUCACUGUUAACACAGUGCGUUAUUUCUGUGACCCUCCCAGUCUUACUCCAGCUCUAUUCAACUUCUUCCAGUUACAGAUGAUGGGAGUUCUUCCUAUUCUUCCUCUACUGUUCCCCGUCAUGUGGGUGCUGGUCAAUGCAUAUGGGGAAGCUCGAGUGUUAGCAGAGUCCAGCCGCAACUCUCCCACUGGACUGCUUGCUAAGUUCUCUGAGGACACACUAAGCAGCUACACGGAGGUCGUGUCCUCUCAGGAGAUGCUACGUUCUGUGUGGAGGCACCUGGUGGGGGUGCUAAAGGGAGAAUCCCGUACACUUUGCUAUACCUCCAGUCUUUUGCACGCUUUGGGAUCAGUCACAGUUUUGUGCUGUGUGGACAAGCAGGGAAUCCUCUCAUGGCCCAACCCCAGCCCAGAGACUGUGUUGUUCUUCAGUGGCCGCGUGGAGAUGCCUCAUGACAGUCAGGACGACCUCAGAGAUGACCUGUCAAUCAAUUCCUACUGCCGAAUGGAGGGAGAGGAAGACCGGGAUGAGCAGGUCCAGGAAGGAGAAGCUCUGCUGAGCCUCCCCAUGGGCGACUGUUCAGCACUACUCAUGUCAGGAGAGCAGGAGCCCAGUGAGACCUCCCAUGACACGGCUCGCUCGUCCGACACACAAAAGGGCCGCCGUGCCCCUCAGACCUCGCGCACAAAGCACCCGUCCGGCUCCAACGUCAGCUUCAGCCACGACACAGAAGGCGGCGAAGAGGAACCGUCUCAGCAACAGCCCUGUGCAGGGGAUGCCACUGGGUGCUGCGAAGCAGAAGCAGAGGACUUUGUGUGUGACUACCACCUGGAGAUGCUCAGUCUGUCUCAGGAUCAGCAGAACCCGGUCAGCAUUCAGUUUGACGACUCCGGUUGGCAGGGCCACCUGCCCUCGCUCAAGCCCCUGGGCCUGAACAUCCUGCUGAACCUGUGCAACGCCAGCGUGACCCAGCAGCUGUGCCGCUUCUCCGACCACCUGUCCAACCUGGCGCUGCAGGAGAGCCACGGCGCCGUGCUGCCCCUGCAUGUGCCCUGGGGCCUGUGUGAACUCUCACGGCUCAUAGGUUUCACUCCUGGGGCAAGAGAGCUCUUCAAGCAGGAGAAUCACCUGGCAUUGUAUCAGUUGCCCUCGGGAGAGAAGAGUCAGGAGUCCGCCCCACGCCGCUCACACCACUUCAAUAAGCGCCAGCCUCCCAUCAAUCACCUCAUCAGCCUUCUCGUGCGGGACGGUACCACCAGUAAUGUCCAGAUGCUUUCACAUGGCUCAGCAGAUCUUAUAUUGGAGGCUUGCACAGACUUCUGGGAUGGUUCUGACAUCUAUCCUCUCUCUGGCUCUGACAGGAAGAAGGUGCUGGAUUUUUAUCAGCGUGCCUGCCUAUCGGGUUACUGCUCUGCAUUUGCCUAUAAGCCCAUGCAGGUCACCCUCUCGUCUCAGUUGAAUGGGAAGUGUGUAGAACUGGCUCCAGGCCCAACUCUGUUCUCUGGGUUGGACUUACCUGGAACCACUCCUAUCAAAUAUGGAGGCAGUCGUCGCAAUAGCUGGAGUUCGGAUGAGGGCAUUUGUGAAGGCUUGGAGCGUGAGGACUGUGUGCAGGCCUUGAGUGGUCAGAUCUUCAUGGGCAUGGUGUCGUCACAGUUCCAGGCACGAUUGGACACUGUGCGGCUUAUUGACGCACUGGUGACUGCCUGCAUCCGUUUUGUCUACUUCUCUAUGGAAGAUGAACUGCGCAGCAAGGUGUUUGCUGAGAAGAUGGGGCUGGAGACCGGAUGGAACUGCCACAUUUCUCUAACGCCCAAUGGGGAUGGCCAGUGUGACGGGGCCCCCUCCAGCCCCAGUCAGGCUGGCUCGCUGCACGAUGACCACCUGCAAGACUCCCGUGAUGAGGCUGAAGGACCACUAUUACCAGAAGAGGAGGGCCACUCUGACCUCGCCAGCUUCCAGCCCACUGAUAGCGAUGUGCCCAGUUUUCUGGAGGACUGCAACCGAGCCAAACUGCCUCGUGGGAUUCACCAAGUGCGUCCUCACCUGAAGAACAUCGACAAUGUGCCUCUGCUUGUUCCACUCUUCACAGACUGCACCCCUGAAACAAUGUGUGAGAUGAUGAAGAUCAUGCAGGAGAACAGGGAGGUCACAUGCUGCCUUGGGAGUUCGGCCAAUUUCCGCAACAGUUGCUUGUUCCUUCAGAGUGAUCUGAGCAUCGCUCUGGACCCGCUGUACCCGUCGCGCUGCUCAUGGGAGACGUUUGGUUAUGCCACCGGCUGCAGUGUCAGUGACAACAGUGACGAGAUCACUCCCCUCAGUCUCUCAGGCCAGCUCAACUCCCUGGGCUGCUCGGUCACCUUCCACCAGGGAGAGAGUGUCAGCAUGGUGAAGCUCAUUGAACAGGCAAGGCACACUACUUAUGGGAUAAGAAAAUGUUUCCUGUUCUUGUUGCAGUGCCAGCUGACCUUGGUCAUCAUUCAGUUCCUGGCCUGUUUGACUCAGCUGCCUCCUCCCAUGAACAUCACUGAUAUCCUCUGGCUGUCUUGCUUCUGCUAUCCACUGCUCAGUGUAUCCUUCCUUGGUAAACCACCAGACAGUUCAGUGAUGACUGUCGCCACUGGUAAGAACUUGGAUGCUAUUCCAAGAAAGACGCAGCAGUACUUCCUGGGGUGCUUCUUCUUAAAAUUUGGUCUGACCAUGAUAACGUACCUUCUGGGUUUGGGCUUCUCCUUGCAAGAGGUGUGUUCCAUAGCUGCUAACUUCACCAAAGCCGAUGUCAACGUCAGCUGCUUGCACAUAUUUACUGCCAGCUCCAGUCCUGAUGCUCCGGGGUGGUUUAAUGAGUUAUCAAAUGGUCUGCUGCUGGUACAGAAGGUCAUGGCUGGAUUCUUGGCCUUGCACACAGUUGUCAUCUCUUUGAGCUAUGUGCAUCGCUCUCAGCCUCUGUGGAAGAAAAACCCCUUCAGUAACACAUGGUGGUGCCUCACUGUGCCUGUGGUGCUGCUGGGCCAGGUGUUACAAGCCACAGUGGACUUUCAGCUGUGGCAGGACCGGAAUGCCAACCUGAGUUUCUCACUUGGUCACAUCCCCCUAAUGGUUUGGCUAGUGGGCUUCCUGUCCACCAUACUGGUGGCCCUGGUGAAUGAAGUUGUCAAACUACAUGAAAUCAGGGUCCGGGUACGCUACCAGAAGAGGCAAAAGCUACAGUUUGAGACAAAAUUGGGCAUGAAUUCCCCUUUUUGAGGUCCUAUUAAUGAUCAGGAUUGGGAACUGAACUCUGAAGUAGUCCCUGAAAAGGCAGAUAUUCUCCUGGCCCUCAAGUUAUGAAGUCUGCAUUUGUCACCACUCAAGAGGACAGGUGUCUGACGCUAGAACCAGCCUGGUCAGAUCCACAUUGAUGUCUCCUUUCAAGAACAACACUAGAACUUCCUCCUGAUUUGGUUUGCUUGCUUUCCUUUCUGAAACACAGAGGUAGAAUAUGUUCUCCUCAGAUACGAAGUUCGGGAAGUGAAAUAUGUCUUAUUUAGAGUGGCACAAGAAGUAUGGAGAAACUGUUUUGUAUGUUUUUGACUGAUUGCUGUUUAAGGCUAGGUAUCAUGCACCUCAUCAUGCCCCCUAAAACACGCACACACACACACACACACACACACACACACACACACACACACACACAGGCACCAAGUUGAUCUGUGGCAGUUCCCCACCAGAUGCACAAUUAGGAAAAUAACGUGAUGACUCCUAUGGUUUCUUGCUCCUGAUUCAAGUCCAUUAUCAUUGUAGGCUCUCAGUGGUGAGAUUAUAGCAGAGGUGAAUGUAAAAACAUCCACCUUGGACUUGGAUCAAAUGCCUCACUUUCACAUGGUGAACAAAUAAGUCAUAUCAGUUCAUUAUUGGGGAGUAAGCACUUUGAAUUGUACUGUUUUAUAUUUUGUCAUAAGUUAAGCAUAUGUCUGUCAUUUACUUUCACAUCGGCAGACACGGUUAUCCAAUAUAUUGUGAUUGGAAAACUGCAAACAGUACAUAUGACUGUAUACAAACUACCUGAAACUCAUGACCUUGCUGUUGACUUUUGGUGUGCUGUCCAUGCUUGGCUACAGCAAUAUGGGCGAGUGUGUGUGUGCAACAGCCUCAUGCAUCUGCAUACAUUCCUCAUUGCCAUGUAUUCACAAAGCUUUAUUUUCUCUGUUGAAGGAGGCUUAUCUAACCAUAACCUAACCUAAAAUCAAAGUUGAUGUUGCCAGUCUACCUCUAGUUUUUUUCAGUGGUCAUGAUUUUUUUUUUUUCCCCUUUCCUUUUCUUUUUUAAUUUAGAACACAGGAAAUCUGACAGCAUUUAGUGUUACUGGUGCAUCUUUGCCACAAGGUUUUCCUUUUUAAUAGUCCUCUUUAGUUAUCCACUUGCAUAACCAGAGCCUUACAUGUAGCUAAUAAAGCACAGGUACUACAUUUUGGCCACAGUAGGUUACAUGAUGAACGUGGACUUGGUCAUGGAGUGGAGUAUAUUUCUCUUGAUGAAUGCUGAUUGUGGUGUAGUACAGUAUAUAGAUGUACUAGUCUAUCCCUAGGGGGAGGUGCUGGGUCCUUCUCUACCCCUCCUUGCCUUUCCAGUAUGGCCAAACCAAAACGUGACAACUGAAUAAUGUUUGCCUCCCCUUUUACACACUCCAUGACACUUUUCCCACUUUCAGUGCCAUCGUCUGCCAAUUAGUUUCCAAUUAGGUGACCACUACCACCCACUCACACAGACACAAACAUACAGAAGCCUUUGUCAUUUUAUCAUGCCCCAACAGGCCUUUUAAACAUUUCUAUGAUGUAGGAUUUAAGCGUGCAAACAUGUUUGAGUUGUCCAAAUUACAGCUAUUUUAAAACUAAUCCAAUGAGAUCUCCACUUAUACAGCUGUCUUUGCGUGAGAGUAUAGGGCUGUUUAAUGACCCUAAGGCUUCAUCACCAGCCCCUACUUGGCCAAGCCUGACUAACUGCUUUAGCAGAACGUAUAAUGCUGUAGUCUCAAAAGGUGAUUUAGGAAUACUUCACAGACAACAGACUGUCAAGCAACUGAAUUGUGGGAAAUAUCUUUUUUUAUUCUGUUUUCUUUUGAAUUUUGAACAUAGUAGAUCCAUUGAAACAAUUAUGAAAUUAGGAUCUCUAUUUUUAUGUCGGGUAUAUUUUCUAUCAUUGCUUCAAAUGUUAUGCAUGAAGAGUUAAGGGAUGCUGUCUUUAUGAGGAUAUUUUAUUAACUUUAAUUGGUUCUGUGCAGCCAGAACUAUGGAUGCUCUAUCAAGCAUGUGUUGCUGGUGCUCUUCCCCCAUUACUGACAAUCUCGUGUAACUGCUCCCACAACUGACUGGGAUAAGGGCAAAAAUGUGCACUGGCCACUGAAUGCAUUGAUUGACAUGACAUACUGUACAGUAGUACUUGACUACUUCACGAAUGUUCACGGGUUUUAUGAAUGUUAAUGAUUGGUGUAUAUUUUGUAUAUUUUUUACUUAUGUAAUAUUAUUUUCCCAAAUAAUUUGUGAAUCAAUUAUCGUAUGUCAUGAUAAUAAAUGCUUUUUUAUGUUA